AUGCCCAGCGCGACGGGCCAGAAUUGGGAGAAGUAUCGAAAGACUUUUGCAGAUGAUGACGAGCCCGAGAAGAAGAUAACGCCUUUGACUGAUGAGGACAUUCAAGUCCUCAAGACGUAUGGCGCGGCGCCAUACGCCGCAGCUUUAAAGAAGCUCGAAAAGCAGAUCAAGGACAAGCAAGCCAGCGUCAAUGACAAAAUUGGAGUGAAGGAAUCCGACACCGGCCUUGCGCCACCGCACCUUUGGGACGUUGCAGCAGACAGACAACGAAUGCAAGAAGAGCAACCUCUACAAGUCGCACGAUGUACGAAGAUCAUUGCGGAUGAGAAAGAUCCAGACAAGAGCAAAUAUGUGAUCAAUGUGAAACAAAUAGCGAAAUUCGUCGUGAACAUAGGAGAACGGGUGAGUCCAACGGACAUCGAAGAGGGAAUGCGUGUUGGGGUCGACCGAAAUAAGUACCAAAUCCUCUUGCCUCUUCCUCCCAAGAUCGACCCCAGUGUUACGAUGAUGACCGUUGAAGACAAGCCGGAUGUUACCUAUGGAGAUAUCGGAGGCUGCAAAGAACAAAUAGAAAAACUCAGGGAAGUCGUUGAGAUGCCGCUAUUAUCUCCGGAACGGUUCGUUGGAUUGGGCAUCGACCCGCCCAAAGGUGCACUAUUAUACGGCCCGCCUGGCACGGGGAAAACGCUAUGCGCACGAGCGGUUGCCAACAGAACCGAUGCUACAUUUAUCCGUGUUAUUGGUAGUGAACUCGUUCAAAAAUACGUCGGCGAAGGCGCUAGAAUGGUUAGAGAACUUUUCGAGAUGGCACGUACGAAGAAGGCCUGUAUCAUCUUCUUCGACGAAAUCGACGCUGUGGGCGGCGCUCGAUUUGAUGAUGGCGCUGGAGGAGACAAUGAGGUGCAAAGAACCAUGCUGGAGCUCAUCACGCAACUAGACGGCUUUGAUGCCAGAGGGAACAUCAAAGUUAUGUUCGCGACCAACAGACCAUCUACGCUGGACCCUGCAUUGAUGAGACCGGGUCGUAUCGACCGAAAGAUCGAAUUCUCCCUACCGGAUCUCGAAGGUCGUGCUAAUAUUCUGCGUAUCCAUGCGAAGAGUAUGUCGGUCGAGCGAGAUAUCAGAUGGGAACUCAUCUCCCGACUCUGCCCCAACUCCACCGGAGCAGAACUGAGGAGCGUUGCGACCGAAGCCGGAAUGUUCGCCAUCAGAGCGCGCAGAAAAGUGGCUACGGAGAAAGACUUCCUGGCUGCGGUGGACAAGGUGAUCAAGGGUAAUCUCAAGUUCAACUCCACCGCCACGUACAUGCAGUAUAAUUAG